UUCCAAUCAGUCUUUUUUCUGUAUUCGACCUAAACUAAUUUGCGGGGACAGUUUCCUUUUCUUAGUCUGUUUAUUAUUCUAGAAAUGGCGGUGGCAGCCUGAUCUGUGCCACUGUCCUCUGAUGUUCUAUUGUUGAAUCUCUGGGAAGCUGUGCUAAUUAUUUUUAAAGACGCCUAGGAGCAAAAUUUUAAAUAUAUUUCAUCUGCUCAAAAGACACUUAAAAACUAACUGAUCAACCCUAGUGACCUCCAAAGACAGCAAAUAUGCAUAGGAGCUGGAAGGAACCUCGUCUUCACCAGGGUUUCCUUACUUCCUGAAGCAGCACCUUCUUUCCCCGCGGGCUCCUGGAGGGAGAAGGCGGUGAGAUCUGCGCCGGGUUUAGGACCGAGAUGGGCAGGCAGCAGGGGGAGCCUAGCGCGAACAGGCAGCUGGAUGCCUAACGAUUGAGGGGCAAGCUCUGCUGGAACAGGGCCAGACCAGAUGCCCCAGCGCCAAGGAGGUGGCGCGGGAGCACUCCCCGCCCCGGCGACGCCAGCCGUCGGGCCCCGCCCGUCCGGUCCAGCCCUAACACUGGCACGCAAGGUGUCUAGGCGCGUCCGGUAGCCGAGGCCGCGAGAGUGCCAACCGGUAGAGGGGUUUCGUGGAGAAAAGGGCGGCAGCGCCCCCACUCGGUCGGCCAGUCCAGGAGCGCGGGUACCUGUAAAGCGCCGGAUUAAGGCGAGCGCGCCAGCUGAGCCCUCUGCAACCGGGGCCCCCUGACCAUUUGGUUUGGGGACCUGCCAGGAAGAAGCCGACCGUUUUACCUCGUGUGGCCACAAUGCUGACUGCCCGCCUCUUCAGACCUCUGUCACAGCUCCAGGGGAAAACUCUGAGUUUCUCUGAUAGAGAAAAUGGAGUGAGGCGCACAUUGCUGUUUCACUCUGCCUCCUUUGUCCCUAUGGGCCGUCGUACGUAUGCUGAUGCGGUGAACCCGGUGGGCAGCAAAGCUGUCCUGGUCACAGGCUGUGACUCUGGAUUUGGGUUCUCCUUGGCCCAGCAUCUGCAUUCAAAAGGCUUCCUUGUGUUUGCUGGCUGCUUGAUGAAGGACAAAGGGAAUGAGGGGGUCAAAGAGCUGGACAGCUUGAAGAGUGAUCGACUGAGAACCAUCCAGCUCAACGUCUGCAAAAGUGAGGAGGUGGAGAAAGCGGUGGAGAUCAUCCGCUCCAGCCUGCAGGACCCCGACAAAGGCAUGUGGGGCCUGGUUAACAACGCGGGCAUCUCAACAUUUGGGGAGGUGGAGUUCACCAGCAUGGAGACCUACAAGGAGGUGGCGGAAGUGAACCUCUGGGGCACAGUGCGGACAACAAAAUCCUUUCUCCCCCUCAUCCGAAGGGCCAAAGGCCGCGUUGUCAACAUCAGCAGCAUGCUGGGCCGCAUGGCCAACCCAGCCCGCUCCCCGUACUGCAUCACCAAGUUUGGGGUGGAGGCUUUCUCUGAUUGCCUUCGCUACGAGAUGCACCCUCUCGGCGUGAAGGUCAGUGUGGUGGAACCUGGCAACUUCAUCGCUGCCACCAGCCUCUACACCCCGGAGCGCAUCCAGGCCAUCGCCAACAAGAUGUGGGACGAGCUGCCUGAGGUGGUGCGCAAGGACUAUGGCAGGAAGUACUUUGAUGAGAAGAUCGCCACCAUGGAGACCUACUGCAACAGUGGCUCCACGGACACGUCCCCCGUCAUCAACGCUGUCACCCACGCCCUGACAGCCGCCACCCCCUACACCCGCUACCACCCCAUGGAUUACUACUGGUGGCUGCGAAUGCAGGUCAUGACUCAUCUGCCCGGAGCAAUCUCCGACAGGAUCUACAUACAGUGAAGAGUUUCCAGCUGGCCUCUGUGGGGAGCCCUGGUGGGCGGGAAGAGGGGUGAGGGAGGAAGGAUUAUCUACCAUCCCAGGGGAGCCCCACUGCCAGUUUUAGCGUUAGGCAGAGGGAGCAACCCAGCCAAACCUGUGUGCAGUGAGUGGCUCGGGCCUCCUCAUUCGGGGUGCGGGGUGGUGCACAGAGCCCCGACACCUCAGGGCAAACAUGGUGCAGCUGUCUUUCUGGAAUUUAUUUCAUACAAAGAUUUUGAGGAAACAUCUCUAUAUUAAAAACAGAUUUAUUAUAAAAUAGAAUCCAAAUCCUUUACAUUUUAAGCCAAAACAUCAAUUCAAAAAAUUUAUCUCCUUUGAUCCUUAAUCCAGCUUCAUGAGUAAAGAUAUUUUUUUUUCUUUUGUGCACAAAGAAUUUGCAGCCCAAAGAGGAUACGUGAAUAAUCCUUUUAUUGCUUAUAAAUGGUCCAAGUCAUGUGUUCCUGCCACUGCUGUAGAAACACUUUAUGUUUUGUAUUCCAGGGCUGCUCUGGAGACCCCUCAGAACUCUGUGACAUUGCCUGAGCCUCCUGUACCCUGUGCACCUCUUUGCAUAUCCAUGGUGCUGGUGUGUGUGACCUCAGCCGGCAAUUCAGAACUGACCUGUGGAUGGGGGUGGGGCAUUCUGCAUAUUUCCAUUUGAGAUUUCUCCAACCUCUCUUAAGACUUAGGACAGAUUUGUGGAGGUACUUUUUGACUAAGAGGGUGAUUUGUUUUUGGUUUGUGUCUGCUUAGUUUUGCCUGAGACGGGAUGCUUGUUAAUGGGGCAUCCUUGGCAAGAGCAAUGGUGCAAAGGCACACACCACCACCACCACCACCACCACCACCACCACCACCACCAGCACC